AUGGCAGCGACACUGGACGGCCAGCACACGCCCGCCAAACCCAUUGCGAUCCGCUCUGCUGGCAUGAAGCUGGACCCGCCCCAUAUACACAACAUCAAGACGCUCAGCGCCAGCGUCGACAUCAUGUCGCCCGUCAACCAGAACGGCUGCUUCGAGUUCGACCGCAUCAUCAAGGCCGGCACCGUCCAAUGGAAGCCCGUCUACAUCGUCCUGCGCCCCAACUGCCUCUCCAUCUACAAGGACAAGCACGAGACCAAGCUGCGCCACCAGAUCAACCUCUCCGAGAUCACGGCAGUUGCGCGCCAGAGAGACUCGAAGAAGAAGAUGGAGCACGUCUUUGGCAUCUUCUCGCCCGCCCGCAACUACCACCUCGGCGCAUCCACAGACAAAGACGCUCAGGACUGGGUGCACUUCAUACGUACCGAGGCGCGCAUUGGCGAGCACGAGGCUGAGAUGACCGUCAUGAGUCCCACGGCCACAAAGAAGACGUUUGCAGGCUUUGGCCGCGCAACCAGAGAAAACAUUGUUUCCAGUUCCUCCGAGGCAGAGCCGAGACCCUCGAGCUCCAUCGCCCCGGAGAACAUGCACAGCGCCCGCCGUCCCUCGCAAGCCCUCAACUACUCUGGCGGUGAGCGCGGCUCCAUCUCCGACUUUGACUUCUCCGACACCAACCAAGCCUCCGCCAACUCUCCGCCCCCGACAACACCACAGCAGCAACAACGCAACGCGAGCCAGCAGAGCAACAUCGGCGCCACACCCGACGACGAGCGCGUCGUCUACCACGGCUGGCUCUAUGUCCUCAAAUCCAAAGGCGGCGUGCGCCAGUGGAAGAAGAUCUGGGUGGUGCUGCGACCAAAGUGCCUUGCUUUUUACAAAAACGACGAUGAAUACUCCGCGACCCACAUCAUCCCCUUCACCAACAUAAUCGAUGCCGUCGACAUAGAUCCACUCUCGCGAAGCAAGCAAUACUGCAUGCAGGUCAUAUGCGAGGACAAGAAUUACAAAUUCUGCGCUUCAGACGAAGAUGCCCUAGCCAAGUGGCUCGGCGCGUUCAAGAGCUUGCUGGUCAAGAAGAAGGAAGUGCCUCAGACGCGCAUACAGCAGACAGCUCCUAGCACCAUCAACAUCCAACCAGCAACCCCAAGCCUCGUGUCUUCACCCAUACUGCCAGCCCAGCAGCCUCUCUCCAUCAGAUGA